GAGAGAGAGAGAGAAGAAAAGGCGUUUCCAUCCACAAACCGGCGAGACCGUUCAUCCAUCAGACAACCGGACGGACGGAUCGAACUUGACUGAACAAAAAAAACAACGCACUUAUCCACAUAAACAUAUUUUGGAAUUGCUUUUGUAUUUCGCUUUUAUAUGUUUAUAAAAACAAAUCUAUUCUUUGACGGCGACCAACAACAUCCUAAACCCCACAACAUUCUGGAUAGUGGAGCUGACAGAGGACGAGGACUUUACAGCCAGAUUAUCUGCGCGUCAAACACACAUAGCCUAAAUCACACUUUGAUAACGUUUUGUGGUAGAGAGAAGUGCCCACUUCCUCUUACACACACCAUUGAGCAUCUCUCUCUUCGCUGACUCAUAGCAACACAGUCCAGGACCAUGUCGGAGUACAGUUCUUUGCUCAGCGACCUGUCCGACAACAUCACCAACGAGGAUUUGGACCAGCUGAAGUCGGCCUGCAAGGAGGACAUCACGGAGGACCAGAGCAACACCAUCACCUCCUCCAAGGAGUGGUUCAGCUACCUGGAGAAGAACAACAAACUGGCACAAGACAACCUGUCGUACAUCGAGCACAUCUUCGAGAUCUCACGGCGACCAGACCUGCUGACCCGGGUCAUUGAGUAUCGCACGACCGUACUCAAGAUCUCAGAGGACGACGAGAUUGACACCAAGCUCACACGCAUCCCCUCCGCCAAGAAAUACAAAGAUAUCAUUCGCCAACCCUCCGAAGACGAGAUCAUCAAGCUGGCUCCUCCUCCCAAAAAAGCGUGAGGUCGUAACACCUGACCUUUGCACUAUUACCCCAAGCACUCCAACCAUCUCCACCGCAUUCCCCCCAACACCUACUGCGCCUACUCGCCCCAUUUCCUGCCCCCAUUCAACUAACACAUGCCACUUGACAGAGACACUAGCAGCCCCUUUCCGACCAGUCAGUUACCCACGAUGCUGCUCUGUCGUAUCCACCACGACCACCUCUUCUUCCCCAGGUGAAUGGAGGAGGAGGAGAAGCUCAAGACGGAAGAUGGAGAGAAUGAAAAAGAGAAAGACAAAGCCAAAGCCUGUCCAUCUUUGUUAAAAAGGUGUGUGUGCGUGCUCGUGUGUGUUUGUGUGCGUGUGUGUGUUCGAGCACGGUUCUCUUUGUGGAGUGUGAAUCCCCCUAUACAGACUGUUUGCUGCCAGUAAAAUACAUUAUCUGUGCUCGGGCCAUUUUGAGUAAACCUGUUGCCAUUGGGCACAGGAUGCAGUCAAACCUUUGCAGUGCACUUGAAUUGCUAUUCCACUAAGAGGAAAAUCCUUACUUACUUUUUCACUUGAAUGCACUAAUGCCAAUGGAAGACCGAGUGAAAAUGUGACUUAACUUGAGUUUAGGAUUCGACUUUAUUCAGCAUUACACGCUGCUUUAUUAGUGGAGCAAAAAUACACCUGAAGUAUUAUUACUGGUGUCCUAUUCCCUUUAUUCGAAACUCAGUUGACAUCAUCAGAUCAUUGGACUUUAUAAAGGGUUUGAUAGCCAAUAUUUGCCUUUAGCCUAGCCAUAGCAUGAAAUUAUCAAAGAAGAGCAUUGUGUUAUGAUGUCAUGUUCAUGUAUUAUUAUAUUUAUAUAGUUUUACACCAUGACAAUUGUCUGAUUCGAUCUUCUAUUGUUUACUUCCUGAUAAUGAACCUGCUAUCAUAUACAAAACAUGGAAUUAUGGGGACCAAUAUAAUCCACAUGCGUAUAUAUACAUAAAUAAAUGCUUAUUAGCUAAAAGCCAUGGUAUAUCAGGCUGUAUACCACAGCUAGGAUAAAAAUCACUUUCUACUGUUAUAACUGCUUUGGUAACCAGUUUGUAACAGCAAUAAGGCAGCUUGGGGGUCUGUGUUAUAUGGCCAAAAUGCCCUGGCUAAGGGCUGUAUCCUGGCACUUUAAAUGGCACUGUGCCUAGAAGAGCUUUCAGUCAUGCUAUAUUGGCCAUAUAACACCUCCCUAUGGUUAAUUGCUAAAUUAUAGUAUACUAUAUACAUACAUAAUUAUUUAUGUGUAUGGUGUGAAAUGUAGAAUGUUAACAAAGGCUAUCUGAAGGCUAAUGAUAACAGGGAACGAUUUACAAUGCUGUAAGUUGUUAGUCCAACAGUUAUUCAAUGUUAGUGAAACUUAAACAGUCACACUUACAGUAUUUACCCUUUUAACGAUUUUACACAGAUUCAAUGUUCCUCAGAUAAUAUUAUAAAAAGACACCUUAUUGUAAAAGUGUGUUAUAAAAACAUAUACACAGUUAUUAUUUUGAUAAUGAUCAAAAAUACGCUAUGAACAUGAUUACUAUAUAAAGCAUUAUUUUACAAAGCAACUUAUCUUAUAAUGAUAUAAAUGAUAAAAUACUACAACUAUAUUUAAAUCAAUUCAGGUGUAAUAAACAUAAAUGUGUCUCUGCUUCAAAACUUACACUCAAACUCCAAACUUAUCAUUGUAGUGUAUAUAUAAAUAUAUAUAUAUAUAUAUAUAUUCACACAUUACAUCUGAUCAAUCAACAGGCUAAUAUUUUUGGCCUGAAAAAUAGAAGGAAAGCUCGAAAUGGUAGACAAACCUGGAAAAGAAUGAUCUACAUAAAUCGUUCAUAUUCUGUGAUGUAAAAGGUCCGGUACUGCAUGAACAAGAACUCAGACACACACACACACCAGUUCAUGACAUUAAUCUCAUGCCUAAUCCCUAAUUCAUUAUGAACCUUCUUAACCCCUACAUGCAUCAAUAAAAAAAUCAAGACUGUUGAUCCAAAUGAGAACUACUCCAAAUGAAAGAAAUAUAACACUGUUUUGUCCCUAUGAAAAAAAGGCCUUUGCAGAAUCCAGUGCAUAUACAUAAUCAAAACUAAAACUGAACUAAUGUGUAACAUUCAGUGUCUAUGAGCAAACUGGUUGCAACUCCACACUGGUGAAGCUAGCUUCCAACCAGUUCAGUGGCAUUCAGAAAUAAGGGGACUAUUUACGUUUGCUGAAUACCUUUCUACGAGGUCUGCAUAGAUAUCUUUAAAAAUGUGAGGACAGAGUCCAUCUGUGUGCAAGCUAAGGCAUUCACAGAUGUCCUGAAUUCUGCAAGACUCACACACAGACCUUCCUGUGAUUGUGCAGUCACUCAUACUAGUCCCAAUAGUCGUGGCCCUGUCUGGAAAGGCGUGGACUCGCGAUUUUCUCAUUUAGCUUCAACUUCAACCCUCUCAGCUCUUCUCCAAUUCACCUUCCCUCGUCCCUAUCCCCAGUGCCAAUGACCAAGACUUUUAUUUGUCGAUCGCGGUUUUUGCGACCUGAUUUUGAAUCGCGCUGUUUAUUAUUGUAUCGUGCCGGAACUGAUUUGUAUCCUAUGCAUUUAUCUUUGCGUGUUAUUCACACAUCUGCGUGUGACAUUCUUAUAAUGUAGACCAGAGCCCGGAUUCACCACGUGGCUCAGAGGAACGGUCCUGAUCUAGGAUCCCCCACCACUCACCGCUCAAAUGACUUUCAAGGAUCUAAAAGGCAAAACCCACAUCCCAGAUUAGUACAUCUACUCAGAGACUAUUGGCCAUAUGGGUCCAAACCAGAGCAUUGAACAGAGUCAAACCGAGUAAUAGCCAAUCCAUUAGACUGUAAGGGUGACAGCCAAGCUAGCAACCCCCACCCUUCCCUUUCAAAACCAGUUCCCCUUCAUGGUGAAGCGGUGUAAUCAGAUCCUGGGUCUGUUGUUUGGCAAGCUCAAAUCUACUGUGAUCUGUGUCAGGUGGUUGACGGUUGAGAUCAUGUUUAGGGGUUCGGUUAAACUGAUCCUAGAUCUCAGCGUCGUCCAAGGCAGCACUGCAGUACGGUUCAAACAAGUUACUUAGCUGUGGCUAAGAAGUAGCAAUAUGGUAUUGCCGGCCAGGGGAAGUUGUACUUACCGCAAUGAUCUGUGGGGGCUGGCAAACACUGUAGAUACGUAGGUAGAAGCUCACCUUGUUGAGCCAGUAUAUACCCACUUCCCUCACCAUAUUCAUAGUUCAGCUGGAAAGCAGAUUAUUGUCCUUGCAGCAAAAAGGGUGGGGGGGUAUUCUGAGGAUCAGAAGGCGUUGUUUUCUUGUUUGUUUUUAUGUCUUUGUGGUUUUCUUUUUUUGUGCUGAUAUAAGUACAUAGGGCCAUGUGAGUCUCUCUGUAAGUGAUGUAUAGGUAUUGUUUCAUGUCAGAAGUACGCUGUAGGUUAUAGACUGUCACAUUAGCAAUUGUGUGCUAGGAUGUCUGUAGUUGGAUGAACCUUACACACAGAAACACAUAAUCACCCAUAACGUGCAGAUUAAGUCAAUAAUAAUUAGAAUCAUCGGCCUAAGACAAAUAACAAUCAACCCUUUCAGUACAACAUUCAAAUUCCCUUGAUAUGUUAAUGCAUUGGUAUAUGUUUUUAAAGUAGCUACUGUAUAUCCAUAUUUCUGUACUCUAUGCCACAACAGCAAAUUGCAUUCAAGCAAUGAUAAGUUGCUAUAUUUAUUUGUCAGUAAGAAUGCAGAGAUAUCACCAUAAACUUUUAGGUGAGGUUUUUAAGGUAAUGAUUCCAUUACAAUCCAAGCAUGCAUAUUAUGUCAAAUACAGUAAAAUGCAUAACUGGUCGUAGCUUAGAUGGCUGUCAAAUGAUUAUAUUCUAAUUCAUUGGGGCUCUAAGAAUCAUCAUAUGAACUUGUGUUAAAUAUUUCAUCAAAUUUGGUUCAAAUGAUGUUGCUUGGUGUGGAUUUCAUGUUUCUGGUUAGUAAUCUUGUGUAUAACAUUGCUUGGCUUUUACUGUGGCCAUUGGCACAUAUAACAAGAACAUAUCACUCACAAAUGAUGUCAAUUCGGAAUUCUGUCAACCAGUUACAUAUCAAGUUACAAAGAAAUGCUGCAGAAAAUGUGUAAAAAAUGAUUUAAAAAAAGAUAUAUAUUUAUGUUGAAAAUAAACAAAGCACCUAUGAAAUCUAUCUAAGAAUAUAACUAAGUCAUAAACAGACAUAAAAUUAGGAUAACUUUAACAUAAACAAAGCUUACCGUUACAGAGAAAUUAUCAGUGUUCAUAUUACAACUUCUUUCCGUUGUCCUUUUACCUAAGUUUGCAUUGAAUAUAAUAAGGAAUAGUUUGGGAUUUUGGCAGCAUAGCAAUCUAUAUAUAUCUCCGGGUUGGAUUUACUAGUGGAUACCAUUUUUAUGAAUGUAUCCGGUAUAAAAGAUUUAGUUUCACAUCUAACCAGCACAAUGACUGGAAGUUUACAAAACAGCUAGCAUGCUGGGAGUUUCUGUAGACAUCCAGUUAGCAUUUGCUCACAAAACUAGCUGUAACUUUUUUCUUUGACGGACACAAAUACAUACAAGUUCAUGUGAGUUGGGAAGUAGAUUAAGGACUUCAUUGCCAGAAUCCGAAACUAUCCCUUUAAGUUAUGAUGUAUUGGAUUUUACAGUAGUUCAUUUUCCUACAUUUUCCUUUUUUGGUUAUGUUGUACAUAUAUAUUGUGAAUUUAUAUGAAUGUCGUUGUUUCAUAAUGGAUUAAUUUAUUUAAUGCCAAUAUCUUGUUUGUUUUUGUAAUUUAAAAAAGUACAUGUUAACUAACUGGAGACAAAUCAUCGGAUGAAAAUGUGUCAAGGAUUACAAGAUAGGGAGAUCACAUUCAUUUUAGAUGUUCAUCUAUCUAUCUCUCUCCAUGUUGUUGUUUUUUUGUAUACUGUAUGGGGUUGUGUUGUUUUUAUUAAGUUAGGAGAUAUGACCACCUCCUUUAAAAACAGAUUGUAUACCAUAAUCAUUUUUUUCUUAUUAUCAUUGGAUGUAUUUUACAACAUACAAAAUACGCAAACUAUUAUCCAGACCUUCACUAAAUUGCAACAGGAUAUCAAUUGUGAUUAUCUAUUCAUGUCAUUGUGGUUGUUUUGCAUUGAUGUUUUUAAUGGAUUACUGUCAUUGCUUUGGAUAGAGAUGCUUUUGUGUAGUGAAAUGGUCUGAAGGCAGGCCACAUGGUAGAAAAUGUAGUCUCAGUCAGGAGAAUUCAUGCUUUUCUUUUUUUCUUUUUUGUUUACUAGCUGUAGAAGAAAGUAUUGAUUUGCGGUUGUGACCACAGAUAGAGAAGGUAUGCAUUUUGGGGUCAGUGCAGUGUAGAGUAGAUGUUACAAAAAAAAGACUCAAGUUCAAACCGUUGCAGAUCAAAUAAUGUCCUUGAGAAUAACAACUUUUUAACUAAUUUCACACUUUCAAAAGUAAGUGAACCUGUGAACCCUGCAUUUUGUUUUGUCUUUAUCUGCAACGGAUUGAAUAUAGGGACGUUUGAUUAGAAAUGGCUGGUGAACUAGACCUAUAAAUUACAGAAGUCUUAAAGGAUAGGUUCAGUACAAUUUAUUGUUAGAUGGUUCCCUAACCUGAAACCAAACCAUUUACUAUUUUCUACUAGAUUAGUUUUUACUAAUCUUCAGAUUAAGGGCCUAUCCAACAUGUAAAAUGCCAAACAUCUCCUUUAAGGUGUUGAAUGUUUCAGGACUCACAUGUGAUGCUGUACAGUAAGCUGGAGAGGUUGUGUUGAGUAUGUUUGGUUGGAGUUUUUUGUGGUUGCAGAGAAGUUAGUGAGGUUGAGAUGUUGAAUGUCUGAAGUUGAAACAGCAGUGACAAACAAGUUUUAUUUUGCAUCUGUCACUGUUAAUUUUAAAACCAUGAAAGGAAGGAAAAGAGAUUUGUGAAAAACAAUGAGAGAAAAAAUGUGUAUGAAAUUGUGAACAUGUGUUUUUUUUAACCCUUAGGCUAUAGAACCCUCUAGGACUAAAUAGCUAAAUAAAUGUUUUGGAAUGUGACAAAUACAAAAUAUAUGUUUACAUUAAUAUGCACAAAAAGCAAGCUUUUACACCAGAUUAUAAAAGUGCCAACAUUAGGUUUGUUGCAAAAUUGGUGGGGAAGGGAACGGGAGGAGGUAGUCACUUGAAAAAUCAUGUUGCUUGUAUGUGCUGUUGAUGACAGAAUCAAAAAAAAGUAUGUGUACUUAAUAAUCUCUUAAGAGUGUACAUUCCAGAAAAUCCAUACUAGCAUGCUAUCUAAAUGCAUUCCAAAUACGCUGCAUGCAUUGCUCCAUCCUGACUAGUGUGCUAGUGUGGAUAUCUAUAGACUGACGUUUCUUGGGUCGGCUGCCAGAAUCCAUUUUUAAAGGGUUUAUUUUAGCAGUAGACUAGCUAUCGCCUUUUUUGUGUCGUGUUUUAAAGUGCUCAGUGACAGGUGAGUUCAACAAGAAGCUAACAAAAAGCUAACAAAUUCCAUUCAGUUACUGUUAGCUGCAAACAAAUGCUAACGCUCUAAAAAGAUAGUGCAGCAAAAUAGUUUUCAUUGAAUAUGGUUGCAACAAUUGCACAGUAAUACCUUUAACAUAAUUUGAUAUUCACUGUAAGACUUUGGAAUACUUCAAAAAAAAAUAUUUAACUAGGUAGUCUAACAUGUUCACUGCAAACUAAAGCCUUGUUUAACUCGCCUAAGGUCUGUGUCAGGGCUGUAUAUCAAGAGAGGUUGAAAAUUAAGUUUUCAGUGAAUCCAGGACAACAUUGGUGAAUCCAGGACAAUGUAUUGGUGAAAUGAAAGAAAAAGUUAAUAAAAAGAUGCACCUAAUAUCUCAUAUGACAGCCAUCUUAGCUCCAUAUUGUUCACAUUGGCAAUACUGACAAAUAGCAGGUAACUGAAUGUUGGCCAUCUUAAACAACGCUAGUAGGUGUAAUCUAGAAUUAUAAUCUAAAGAAUACAAAGAAUACAUGGAAUACUUGAAAGCAGUAUCUGUUGGUAAAGUUGGCCAAACUCUCAUCAAAUAUGGCCCUGACCAGUCUUAACCAUCGUAACUGCAGUGGUGUUGUCUCCUCAUCGUUAGUGAAGGUAAUCGGAAAGUUAUGGCAUUCCUGUGCUUGGGUAGGAUAGAAUUGGGUCUACAUCCUAAUAUCUAUUUUUUCCUUCUGUGUACCAUUGUUUACUACUUCGAACACAAUUAAAAGCACUAUUUUGAUGGGAGAUGUGGGCUAGAAGUAGUUUUCACAAGUUUUUAGCCCAAUCUUUGAGCCCUGGGCAUUUUCCCUAAUCAAACAAAUUCUCUGCAAACCCAAAAUUAAAUGUAAAAUCACACACAAUGAGAUUUGAACCUAUUGUUACCUCAUAUCCAAAACUGACAAUCCACACUGAUUUCCAGAACUCACAUCUUGCUUUCGUCUUCACCAGUUGUGUAGCCUAGUGGAGGGUAUUUUUUAUCAUUCAAAGUUUUUCAAUGGAAGUUGGUAUCAGAUAGCCUUUUAUAUAACAGUCUACAAUGCAUCAUCCAAAUGUGAUGCAUGCCUAAGACCAUCUUAUAUUUGUAAAAUGCUAAAACUCUUGUGAGAGGGAAGUGUAGUGAGCAUAGACCCAGCAAGAAUUGUGUAGCUUCAUUCAUCCUUUAGACCAGUUAUUUUCUUUUACAGUGAAAAAGUGCACAUUAAGAGGAAGGAUAGAUAAUUGGGAUAUAGCCUGUAAAUAAGCAGGGUUUUCCAAGUAUGGUGGAUUGCAGGCACAGGAACCCACACACACAUCUUCAGCAUCUUUUACCCGUUUUCGUUAUUCUGACUCUCGAAGUGAGGACAAGUAAGAGAAUGUUUUUCCUAAUGGAUCGAUGCAUAUCUUAUCUGGCUGUUUUAAAUGUGGCUGAAAAGUGUUGUUUUUAUUAUCCUGUUUCAAUAUGGCAUCACACUGAGACUGACUUCAUUUAGCCACAAAACAUUAGGCCCCUGUGAUCUUAAAGAGGCUCUCCUGAACUUUGGUGACUAUGUAACAAUUUUUUAACCACUUUGGGCUGGUUGUGUCAAAGUGUAGUUCAUGUAUGCAUAGUCUGAGUCGAAUUACCUUUUCUCAAUCAGGCCUGUUUUCUUAAAGCUGUGUUGCACCAUUUUGAAGUCUGCAAGCUUGGCCCAGGUAGACCAAACCAUUCGAAAUUGGAGUUCCUGCCAAUGUGCUUUAGCCCACUGUCAUUUGUCUGACAGCUAGCAAGAUGCACAUUGACUAGUAGCACUGUGAUAGUAAAAGGCUGGCUUGUGUAGGAUACAUCAUUAGGGGACCCUUUUGUUACUCACGAGUGGCACUUAAUAAUUAUAGGCUACAUUAUAAACAGCAUUUAUGGAGAACCUCUUUAUCUCUUUAAGUUCAACAGCAUCAGUCAACCUGUACCAUGAAUAGAAUCAUAACAGAACCUAUGUCUGUAUGAAACAAUUUGGUGAGUGUAGGUCAAAGGUCAGGUUUCUUCAAAUUAACCAAGGAAAUUCCUACCCACAUGACAGUAUUUUGCAUCGGAAUGAGAGAAGUGGCUUGUCUUGAUGCUCUGUUCGGACCAUCUGAUAAAGAGAUUGGCUGCGUUCUAGGUUGACUACAUAGCUGACACUUGCCAGAUCUCACAACACCUGGAUAGGUCUUCAGCAAUAGCUGAUCACAUCAUAUGAUAGCAAAUUUAUGAAUGCUCUACUGCGCAAUCAGUGAUGUUGCAUAGAACCAUUGGUUGAUGAAAAGUAACCUCUGCAAUGUACAGUAGUCUGCCUGGACAGCGAGCUGUUACAACUAGAACAAAACCUUAUUGUCAUCAUAUCUCACUGGAUGCCAUAGGCUAUAUGCUGUUAGAUUGUAUUAGGAUCUUUCUUUUACAGGACCAAGUAAAAAUGUAAAGAAUUUAUUUUGCAAUGUCAGCAACAAAACACAAAAUAAAGAAAAGAUAAGGUAUUAGAAUCUGUAUUGAAAUACCUACCUUCAGAGGCGUUUGUCCUGAUUUAAAUGAGACUAAACUGAAAUGAUGCCAUUUUGUCAUUGUGCUAAAAUGAAUAUAAAUAUUAUAUUAUAUAUUAAAAUAUAUUUGCUAACCUA